AUGCAUUCACCCAACAGUGAGACUGCAGCAGCACUCGAGGCGUCGACGAGCUUCAAACCUGCAACAGUCGCAGCUCAGCAUCCACCAUCAAUCGCAUCUCAACCAGCGACCAUGAACACGAUGCGAGACGAUGCAAUGUCGGCAGCUCCAUCGUAUCAAGCUUCGUAUCCCUUUAACACCACCACCCUCGACGAUCAAAAGCCUGCCAUGGCACAUCACAAUCUAGACUCAGAGCCUGCGUCGCAGCCGUUGCUAGCAUCAACCGGCGCAUUCUCGCAACAGGCUGACUCGUCGCAGCUGCUUCAUCCCUAUCACGAGCCGUCUGAGAGCGAUCGUGCCUCGCUUCUCCCUCGUCCGGCUGAAUGUGUCUCCCUGGAUCGCUCCGCUUCAGCAAAGAGCCCGCACGCCGCCUCGGACGUCGCUGAAAUGGCCAUCUUGAGCUCGCACCAAAAUUCCCAUGCCCCGAGCUACAGUGAUCUCUUCUUCGACUUGCUUUUCGCCGCCUGCCUCAAUACUUACAGCAGUGCUGUCUCGCUUCAGAAAUUUGGCGACGUCGCUGCCUUUCUGGGUUACUUUACAGCCCUCUGGUGGGCUUGGUGGAGCCAGGCCUAUUUCGACGUUCGCUACCGUCGCUCUUCGCAUGAUGAGCCGUUCCUUUUCAAGUCAUGCCAGCGUAUCGUUCGUGCAGCUGUGCUCGGACUCUGGGUGGCCUUUGCUACCACGCCUUCCGAAUUUGCAAGGGGCAGCUUUACCAACUUCAGCCAGAUCUACGGCUACUCUCGCAUCGCCUUGGCCGUGGAUCACACGGCUGUACUCUUCUACGACCUUGUAUAUUGGCGCAAGGGUAGGCACGUAGACCGCGACCAAGAUCAGAUCGAACAACCUGAUCAGCUGCCAUCAGCACACGCUGGUCGACGAAAAAGUACAGCCGUCAACGGUAUCUCUCGGAUCGUUCAAACGCAUCUCGUAUCCAUUGCUUCACUUGUAGCCUCGGGUCUGCUCUGGAUCCUUAGCCGCUUCUUGCGUCAUGACGGAGUCACAGCUCCGUUACUCGUCAUGUGGAUCCUCGGUGUGGCGGUCGAAGGCGCUGCCCAGAUCGUCAACGAGGUCAGCGGAGUUCUCUCGCCCCUCAGCAGUAGUGUGCUGCCCGAGCGACUCGUCCUGUUUGGCCUCAUCGUCCUCGGUGAGGGUUUCACUGGUAUCUCUGAAACACUUAACAGGAUCAGCCCCGGCGCCAAAGUGCACAACGAGAUUCUAGGCGGUUCUACGGUCGAGAGCGGCGGAUGGAGUGCCAAUACGGUCCUGCAAGCGGCCAGCUGUGUGCUCAUCGUCGUCCUCCAAUUUGGUGGCUAUUUCCAUCGCGCCACGAAUCAGAUCGAUCUCAAUUCGGUUCGGAUCGUACUGUGGGCCUACAUCCAUGUUUUGCUGCACAUGGCAUCGGCGCUGCUCGUCAUCGGCCUCAAGAAGAUUCUCGGCUUUAUGAAUACGCUCAAUGCUUUGCAGCGUUUCUUUGACGAUUCGAGCUUCUAUCUGCCCGAUUCGCCACCCUGGCAAAACCUCACUUCGGACCAGGUGGCUCAGCAGUUCAACGAUGACGGUGGAUCUAGUCCUCUCUCGGCUAAUGGCACGCUCGCUGGUAUCUCUGCCAUCAUCUCGGUGAUUCAGAGCAACGAUGGCGCCAAUAUACCAACACUCUUCGAGGCGCAGCGCCUCGUCGCCUCGGUGGUUGGCCUCGCCGGCGGACAAGAGCAGGCGCAACAGCUAGCAGAGCUCACAAACACGACCCAGGAGAGCAAUCCGCUUUCGUCACAGUUUGCACACAGCUUGGUAUUGCCGUUCCGCUCCUACUUUGAAUUCUGCGACAACGUCAUCAAUCCUGACUCGAUGGACCAAUUCAUCACCAACUCGCUCUUCCAGUUCAAAUACAUCUACGUGGCCAGUGCGGCGUACCUGAUGGUUGACAUUGUGAUCAAAGCCAUGCAAAAUUCCGUCAGUCGCAGGCUGCGCUCGUUUCGACUGGCGAUGGUGGUGCGCUUCUGUUUUGCAGUGGUACUCAUUCUCUUGCAGGUGGUAUUUACCGUGUAUCAAGGUGUACCAUCAGGAGCUGCGCUUGAUGGUGCACUUGCCAUCUGUGCUGCUGUGCUCCUAGCCGAACUCUUGGCUCAGCAGUUGGUCGAUGCCUUCCGAGUGCGCCUCGACCGGCCCCGCCCGCACAAGCGUACCUCGAUACUGUCGCGUCUCGCGCUGCGCAAACGUCAUUCUCAUCGACCAUCUGGCAGUAGCUCAAGCCCCUCAUCUUCGGACAAGGACGCCGACCAGAUGAUAGAAAUGGAGUUGCACCCCUCGCCACCCAAGAAUCCGACGCGUACAAGCCAAUGA